CUCAGUCAGCCACCAUGGAAGAACUCCAGAGAAAGCUGAAUCAACGCUAUGAAGACACCAAGCCCAGAAAGGUGAGGUUCAAGCUGGCGUCAUCGUACAGUGGCCGGGUGUUGAAGCACGUGUAUGAGGAUGGUCAGGAGCUGGAUAGUCCAGAGGAGAAAUACCCUCACAGCUUUGUUCAUCGCAAAAUCCCUCCCAGCCAUCUGGAGGUGGAGCAGCUCUGUGGGUUUGAGGAUUCUCAUGGGGACCAACAGGGUGUCUAUCCCCCAACAGGGCUCAUUGCCCAGAGAAUAAACGUGUACAGAGGAAUGGGAAGCUACAAACCUCCUGCAGGCCAGACUGAGGAAGCAGAGGGAGAUGCCACAUCCUCAGUGUUGGACUUUGGCAAAAUAAUAAUCUACACCAGCAAUCUGCGCAUCAUCAGAGCACCACAGAAGAAGCCUGAAGUGUUGCGGCAACACACACUGCCUCCUGUGGACUUGGAGGGAUACCCAAAGGCCAGGGAGAGGGGGAGCAGGAGGAGGGCUAAAGCUCUUUGUACACAGGACGGGGAGGAGAAGGAGGAGAAACAGAUCAGCGACACAGAGACCAAGGAGGCUGACAGCUGCCAGCAUUGUGGUGGUUCGGGCUGCGCUCCCUGCUCUCUGUGUCACGGUAGCAAGCUGUCUAUGCUGGCGAACCGCUUCAAUGAGUCCAUCAGUGAUCUGCGUUGCCAAGCCUGCUACCCCCAUGGUCUGGAGAAGUGCCAGUCCUGCUCCAGCAAAUAGCACUGUUUGGCUGACACCCAUGUCUGGCAGAGAGAGAGAGUGAGUGAGUGAAUGAAAGUGUGAGUGUACGCCUGAUGUGCUAUCAGUUCGUCAGAAUAGUCUCAGCGGCAAUAUUGCUCUAAUCCAAAAUGUUCUUGGUGGGGUGUUUCGAAGCACUACUAGGAAACAUAAGCCAUCAUUGGAAAGGGGAAUUGUGACUGUGCACAGGGCACAAAAUCAUAAAAUACAAUUACCGUGUGCAGUGAACAUGGCUUGAUAACACAAACACAUAAUCACUUUUUUGUUGUCACAUUAUUUUGCAUCUGCACCCUUCCUCCUGAUAAAACCGGGCUCCACGACAGAGUUAUCAUUUUAAUUAAAAUGAUGCAAACAUUUAGCAUUUUAUUUCAUCUACUGGGAAGGCUGCCCUGUUCAUAUCUCCACUCUCUAUUCACCAGAAAUAAUGAAGCCUUUUAUAUCACUACAUGGUUUAGCCCACUGUAUGAGGGUAAUUGAUGCUUUCAUUUUUUUUAAAGAGAGAGGAAGAGAGACUGGAAGAUAAAGAGUUUGAGAUGGAAAGGAAAAAAAGAAAUUCAGAGAGUGAGAGAGGAGAGUGAGGGAGGGAAAAUGAAGACUGUUUCAUACAUUUUAACAACAUAAAUUAAAUUUGAUUAAAGUGCACUCCAUCCAACAAUGGCAAAAAGGAUGACACAACAGCAAUGUUGCCAUGAACUCAAGCUGACCGCAGCUACUCUUGCUAAGAAGUUUCAAACACUUAACAUUUUAAGUCAAAAAUCUAGAUUUUGGGUGGUGUAUUACUUUAGGGGCUAAAUGUAGUUUUUUUUUUAACGAAAUGAAUCAUUUUUUAAUUUCCCAUUUGUGAAUGGGUUGUAACCUAAACUUGAAAUGAACCACUCGCCAGCUUUCUCGGUUGCUUGUAACAGCCUCUAUGCUGCUUCCUAUGUAAAGAAAUCAGGUCAGAUUUUCCUUGAAAUCCACUGGAUUUAAGUAGGCUGUGACACUCGUGAGCCUCUUGCCAACUAAUUCAUUGAUGCUCUCAACAGCGACAAGGCAGCUAAUGAAAUGAAGUCCCCUAACACCAAAAAACGACCGGCUGCCAGCACAUCACAGACUCAGACACAAACUUCACAUAAGGAUAAAAAACAACAAAAAAAGUUGAUGUGCUCUACUAGCCGAUAGUGACUGUCACUGUCACUAACCGUUUAUGCUGACCUUCCAGAGCCUCUAUGGUGAAAGACCGGCCGAUGCUGAGUGCUUGCUCAUUAGUUCGAGAAUGCGCACGAGCACACGUUUGGAAAGGUAGUGGUUGCAAUCCGAAACCUCACCACUCCAAGCCACUCAAAAAACUACACAUGGCCCCUUUAAGACAUUUUUGCUGUGAACAAGUUAAGAAUAAAAGGAAAACAGUCAAAUAAAUUACGAUAGUACUGCUUGCUCAGGAGUUGAAUUAUGGCAAUUAUGAAGAUCUUUUUUUUAUUAAUAAUCACAUUCUCAGGUUAUUACCAUUUCAACUUGUUUCAAAGCUUUAUGCACAGUUUUGGUAUAUGAAUGAAAUAAAACACCUAAUUAAUUUUCAAUUCCUCUUCCUUUAUUGUGUCCAACAACCGCUGUUUCAUAGUAUAACCUGAAGGGCGCAUUUUCUUGCUUCUUCACUGAGCCUUAGAUCAGUUUAGAAAUGUCACAUUUUGUAGAAGUGUAUAAUUUUAUAGCUGUAAUCUGGAUAAAUCUAAAUGUAUCCUGCAGUGGGAGUUGCAUCAUAAUUCAAAAAGUAACAUCUGUGAUUAUAAUGUGUGAAAGUAAUUCCUUAAUUGUUUAAUGUGUUUUCACAGUGGGUUAGGAGUGUUUGUUUGUGUGUUCCCAGCUUGAAAACUAAGUGGAACAUAACAAUAAAGACAUAUGCAACACGCUGCAUAAUUCCUAGUCAUCACAUUUUAGUCAUUACAACCUCAAAUCAACUCCAAUCAACCAUAGUGUUUUGUAUCAUGCCAUUUCAGGAUGAUUUAACAGAAAAAGAAGAAAAUUAAACAGUAUCGCUUCAAAAGCAAAAGGUUGUUAUAGUAAUAGUUUUCACGCUGGUAUUGCCGGCUCUGAGUGAUCACCUUCAUGCAAUUAUGCAUUUCAUCUGUGGAGACAUCAGUAUCUGCCAGGAUUAUGUUUACCCAUCACAAGAAAACAGAAAUUCUCCAUGUAAGGUUUAAACAUUAGAUAGCAAUGUUUCCCACACAGAAUGUGCAUUUGACUUCUGUUUGCAGAACGGUCUUGAGUUACCAGUUUUC